GCGACAGUCGCUGUGAAACUUGUGAAAGAUGCAAUUCCUAAUCUUUUUAUUUGCAAUUACUGCGGUUUUUUGCCAAGAUAUUCACAAGGAUUUCCAAAAAUCAAAUGAUUUGUUUGCAUCUUCUCUCUAUAAAGAAAUUCUCAAAAACAACAAGUAUAAUGGUAAAAAUCUACUGAUAAGUCCACUAUCAGCUGAAACAGUGUUGGCUUUAGCCCAAUCCGGGUGCCGGGAUGAAACAGCUCAAGAAAUUCGGUCUGUACUCCAUUUACCAAAUGAUCAAACCAAAAUUCAAAAUUUGUACAAAACUGUGCUUCCAACCUUGGAUAUCCACAGUGCGAAUAAAAUUUACGUCAAAGAAAAAUUUCCAGUUUUGCCAGAUUUUAAGAAAAUUGCAAGUGAGGUGUUUCACGCCGAUUGUAAAAAUAUCGAUUUUUCUAAAAAAGAUGAAGCGGCUGGAAUUAUAAACCAGUGGGUUGAAGAACAAACAAAUAAUAAAAUUCGGGAUUUGAUCAGUCCUGAUAUUUUAAAUGACAGGACUAGAUUGGUUUUGGUUAAUGCUGUACAUUUCAAAGGUCAUUGGUCAAUCCCUUUUCCACCAACAGCCACGUUUGAAGAAAAUUUCUAUACAGGAAAGGCAGAAGUGCGAAAAAUUGAAACCAUGCACAAUCAGAUUGGAAGAAAGUAUUUAUAUUUCGAGUGUCCCCAUUUGAACGCAAAAUUUUUGGAAUUGCCAUUCGAAAAUAACGCUUCGAUGACUUUCAUUCUACCUAAUAACAAAAACGGUUUGGCAUCGCUUGAGAAACAAAUCGAUAGAGUUUUGAUUUCUCAUAAUCUCACAAGGGAAUUAGUGGAAGUCUCGUUGCCCAAAUUUGCAAUCGAGAGUACUUUCGAGUUUAAAGACAUUUUAAAAAAUUUAGGAGUCAGCAAAGCUUUUGAUGAAACUGAAGCUGAUUUGAGUGGAAUUGCUGGAAAUAAAGGCGAUUUGAUAAUUGAUAGCGUGAAUCAAAAAACGUUUGUUAAAGUUGAAGAAGGAGGAGUAGAAGCUGCAGCUGCGACCUCCGGCAUUAUUCCCAUUCCACCUAGUCCUAUAGUUGAGCCUUCUAAACAUUUUAAAGCUGAUCAUCCUUUUCUGUUCUAUAUCAAAAUUAAUGGUGUUAUUGGUUUUGUUGGAAGAUUUUUAACACCAAAUUAGAAUAUUUAGGAAUUCAGUUUUGUUGAUUAAAAUCUUUUUUCGGUA